UUUCACUGCAAGUCAUCGUUUUUCUAAAAAUGUCCACCAAAUUAUUGGUGGCUUUCUUACUUCUCUCAGUUUUUUAUGCCUGCCCUCAGAGACUUGAAGACGAAGAAGAUUAUGACGAUGUAACUGUAAACCAAAUGUUGGCCCCCAAAACACAGGAGACUGACGCAACUCAAAUACUCAAUAACCUACUGAAGGAAUACGACAAGAAACUUCGACCGGAUAUUGGAAUUAAACCAACAGUCAUAGACGUGGACAUUUAUGUAAAUAGCAUUGGACCAGUUUCAUCCAUAAACAUGGAAUACCAAAUUGAUAUAUUUUUUGCUCAGACUUGGACUGAUAACCGCCUUCGAUUCAACAGUACAAUGAAAAUAUUAACCCUGAAUAGCAAUAUGGUUGGACUUAUCUGGAUACCAGACACUAUAUUCAGAAAUUCAAAAACGGCAGAGGCUCACUGGAUUACAACACCCAAUCAGCUCCUCAGAAUAUGGAAUGAUGGGAAAAUCCUGUAUACAUUAAGGCUUACCAUCAAUGCAGAAUGCCAGCUGCAGCUUCAUAACUUCCCAAUGGAUGAGCAUUCUUGUCCACUAAUAUUCUCCAGCUAUGGAUAUCCCAGAGAUGAAAUGGUUUACCAAUGGAGAAAAAACUCUGUAGAAGCAGCAGACCAAAAGUCUUGGAGACUUUACCAGUUUGAUUUCAUGGGACUCAGGAACACCACAGAAGUAGUAAAAACAUCUGCAGGUGACUAUAUUGUAAUGACAGUCUACUUUGAUCUAAGUAGAAGAAUGGGUUACUUUACAAUUCAGACCUACAUUCCAUGCAUACUGACUGUUGUCUUAUCAUGGGUGUCAUUUUGGAUUAAAAAAGAUGCCACACCAGCCAGAACAGCACUUGGUAUAACUACAGUACUGACAAUGACCACACUGAGCACUAUAGCAAGGAAGUCAUUACCCAGAGUUUCCUAUGUCACUGCAAUGGAUCUCUUUGUGACUGUGUGCUUCUUGUUUGUCUUUGCGGCUUUAAUGGAAUAUGCAGCACUAAAUUACUAUUCCAGUGUAAAGAAGCCAAGAUAUACAAAGAAAAGGAAAGCGAACUACUCCGUGCUUGAUGUGGGACCACCGCCUACCAUCAUUGCAUUAAACAAUUCCAUGUACUGGCAGGAAUUUGAAGAAAACUGUGUAUAUGAAUGCCUAGAUGGUAAAGACUGUCAGAGUUUCUUCUGCUGUUACGAAGAGUGUAAAUCUGGUUCAUGGCGGAAAGGAAGAAUUCACAUAGACCUUCUAGAAUUAGACUCUUACUCACGUGUCUUCUUUCCAACUUCAUUUCUAUUGUUCAAUCUUGUCUACUGGGUCGGCUACCUCUAUCUUUAA